AUGGAAGUGUCCGCGAGCUUGCCUGGUUCCAAAUACACACCAAAUAGGCUGGAAAACAUUGAGGAAGACAGUCCGUUAGGUUGCCUACAAGUGACUUGCCCUACACCAGAAACGCCUACUGAAUCCAUGGAGUUUCUUGCUAGAUCAUGGAGUCUCCCGGCUGUGGAACUUUCAAAAGCUCUUUCCCACACACAGAUUGCUGGUAACCAUGUUGAGAAGUCCCCUCUAUGUUCAGUUGGUGCUGAUCAAACCCAACUUAGAAGCUCUGCGGUUUCAAAGGAAUUUCAACCUAAAGAAUUACCAAAAGCUGAAAGCCCUCCAAUUUCUCCAAGUGGAAGUGAUGAUACAAAGGAACUCUUUUUACUCCAUCAAGCCCUCAACCCAGAAUUCCUAUCUAAUCAACAGUUGCUAAAAAAUGGGCUCUACAGGAGCAUCAUGAGGGGAAAUACAGUGAGUAGAUUCCUGAAAGAUCAAAAAGAAAGGAAGAAGCAGGAGCUAAGAACCCAGAGUGCCCAAUUGCAUGCAGCUGUAUCUGUGGCAGGAGUUGCUGCUGCUGUCGCUGCUCUUGCGGCCUCAUUAGCAACUGGACCUGAAAAGGCAACUUUCCAAAAUAAGGCACCUUCAAAAACUUCUGCUGCAAUGGCAUCUGCAGCUGCUCUGGUAGCUUCGCAUUGCGUUGAGAUUGCAGAGGACAUGGGAGCUGAUCAUGAGCAAAUCCUAUCAGUUGUUGGUUCUGCAAUUAACGCGAGGACAAAUGGCGAUAUCAUGACCCUUACUGCUGGAGCAGCCACAGCCUUGAGAGGGGCUGCCACGUUAAGGGCAAGGUUGCAGAAGGGGUACGGAGCUUCCACCAUUGCUCUGGCUGAGCAGCAGACUGAAGAAGGUAAAGAAUUGAAUGUCUUGACAGCAUUGAAUUUUGUCUCCAAAGGUGGAGAAAUUUUUAAACGCACAAGAAAAGGAGAUCUCCACUGGAAGCAAGUCUCUUUCAACAUAAAUUCAAAUUGCCAGGUGGUAGCUAAAAUGAAAAGCAAGCACAUGGCAGGAACAUUCACAAAGAAAAAGAAGUGUGUAGUCUCUGGAGUCUAUAGAGACAUCCCAGCAUGGCCCAGAGGAGAGUGGCAGGAUAGCAACGAACAGAGGGCCUACUUUGGGAUAAAAACAGCAGACAGGGUGAUUGAAUUUGAAUGCAGAAACAAAGGUGACAAACAGAUGUGGAUUGAGGGGAUCCAGCAUAUGUUGCAUUGCCGUGCAAACAUGACAUGAUUUUGAGCGAGCUUAUAUUUCAAUUGGCAGAAAACUAGAUUUACAUUUUCCCCAAGCAGCUGUCAUGAUAUGUACAUCAAACUCCAUCUGCUAUGAUUGCGUACAUAUUGUAUUGCAGCUACACAAAGGAAAUAUACAUUAUCUCUCACUGGGCACUUUUGGCAGAAUUGAUCUAACAACAGCGAAGAUUCUACUGGGCAUAAUUAUGGACCUUUCCAUAGAUUCAAACAAGAGAUGUGGCUGCUAUAAUGACAAUAAUGCCCUGUCACUCUAGUUCCUUCUGAAAAUCAGUAUUAUCGACAAAGACC